GCCUGGCGGGGCGGGGCCAGCUCGGGACGGAGCGUCUCCCGGCCGGGCCGGAGUCGGGGCUCGCGAGUUGCUGGGGCCGAAGGCGGCUUUGGGUUGGGGAUGCUCCAAGUACGCGUUCCUUCCGUGGGGCCGGAGGCUGCGGAGCCCGAGAGGAGCCUGGAGAAAGGACACAUGGUGUUCAGGGUGGAAGUCCUCUGCAACGGGAGAAGGCACACCAUUCACCGGCGCUACAGCGAAUUCCAUGCCCUGCACAAGCAGAUUAAGAAGUCUUGCAAAGUGCCUGACUUUCCCCCCAAACGAGUGCCUAACUGGAGGCCCAAGGUUCUGGAGCUGCGUCGACAGGGGUUAGAGGCUUAUAUUCAGGGUGUGCUGUAUCUCAAUCAGGAAGUCCCCAAGGAGAUGCUGGAAUUUCUGAAACUUCGACAUUUCCCUUCAGACCCUAAGACCAGCAGCAUGGACUCCCUGGGUGAGCUCAUGCCCAGCAACAGCAGUACUCAGCCACCCCACCGACCAGUCGUGAACUUCCACCGGGAUCCAUACAUUCAAAGCCCUCUAGAACCAAUCCCCAACAUGGUGGUGAGUGGAGUGUUACAGGGCUUCUAUGGCUACAGCGGAUGCACCAUUGUAACCCAGCUGAAGGACUCCCAUUUCAUACCAUCGCUACUGCAUCCCGGACCCUGAGGGGAGUAAAACAUCCCCACCAGCCUUCCCUGUAGCACCCUGACCCUUUGCUGAGGGGGACCACAGGUUCAGAGCCAAACAUUUCUGAUGGGAGCCAACUCUUAACAUGAAGCUAGGCAGCCCAUUGCAACUUUUUCUCCAAUUCUGACCCCAAUUGAUAGGCAAGUACUGAGAGAUACUUGUCUUCCACCCUCCUCCACCCCAAGAUGGGAAGAACACAGAAUAAAAGGAGUCUCUCUUAGGGAUGAGCCCAGAGAAAACAGAAUGGGCUUUUGUAUUGGAAGAAAGGAACCACAGUGAGAAAAAAGGGCCCAGGCAGCAUACAGGGUGAGGGGAUGGAGGUAAUAAUGGGGAGGGAUGCUGAGCAGUGAAGGAGAAGCUCCAUUCUUUGGAAGUACAGUUGCUAGGAGACCAGUAUUUGUCCUCUUGCCCACUGGUCCAGAUCUAGUUUAGCCGAGGGCAGGAUAGUGCUCCGAUUGGCUUCCAAAGACAUCCAGGGGAAGGCAGAAGAGAACAGAGGGAAAGAGGGCAAAAAAGUUCUAUGGGAAGCAGGCCCUACUCUGCCCUUGAAAAAAAAUUUUUUUGGAAGGGUAGAGGGUGGGGUUAGGCUGGGCUAAGCCUAGAUGCUUAUUAAGGGCAAGGGAUGAACCCAGCCCACUCACUUUCUAUAAAAAAGUUUUCUUCUUUA